AUUGACUCGCGGAUAGACUUUCAAGUAAACGCCUCAAUUUUGCUCCAUUUCAUAGGUACAAAAAGUCAGGUCACGGGUUCUCUACGGUACAGCUGAUUCCGGCGUUCGGUUUAGCAGGGGGUCACGGCUAUUGUCGGCCUGUCACCACCACUUCCUAGAACCAACUUCCCUCCGAUCAACCGCUGGAAAUCUGACUUCAGUUUCUCCGUUCUCCCAUUUCCCACCUUUGGCAUGACCUCAGCGAGCCAUUGAUCCUCACACCGAUACUCAGGAUCAAGCUCGCGACCUCACCAGACUCAACCCACCAUGCGCUCGCUCAAACGAAGCUCGCGCCGGGUCCGGGCAUCCCUCGGCCCGGCCGCGCCGGCCCGUCUCCUGCAGACACCGCGCUCAAUAUCCACCCACCCGGCCAGCUCCAACUCAACGACGGCCAUCAAGCCCAUCACGUCCCUGCUGAUCGCCAACCGCGGCGAGAUCGCCCUGCGCAUCGCCCGCACCGCCGCCGCCAUGGGCAUCCGCACCACGACGCUGUACACCGACGUCGACGCGGCGUCGCAGCACGCCAAGUGCUCGCCGCACUCCCUCGCCCUCGGCGCCGCGUCCGGCUACCUCGACGGCGCGCGCAUCGUGCAGCUCGCCCGGCAGCACGGCAUCCAGGCGCUGCACCCGGGCUACGGCUUCCUGAGCGAGAACCCGGCGUUCGCGCAGGCCUGCGAGGACGCCGGCAUCGUCUUCGUCGGCCCGCCCGCCCGCGCCAUGGCCGACAUGGGCGACAAGGCCCGCAGCAAGGAGAUCAUGACCGCCGCCGGCGUGCCCUGCGUGCCGGGCUACCACGGCCCCGAACAGGCGCCCGAGCAGCUGCGCGCGCGCGCCCGCGAGAUCAAGUACCCCGUGCUGCUGAAGAGCGUCAAGGGCGGCGGUGGGAAGGGGAUGCGGAUCGUGCGGACGGACGAGGAGUUCGAGGCCCAGCUGCGGAGCGCGAGGGCCGAGGCGCGGGCCAGUUUCGGGGACGGCGGCGAGGUGAUGCUGGUGGAGAAGUACGUGGUGCGGCCGCGGCAUGUGGAGGUGCAGGUGUUUGCGGACAAGCAUGGGAACUGCGUUGCGCUGGGCGAGCGCGACUGCAGCGUGCAGCGGCGCCACCAGAAGAUCCUCGAGGAGAGCCCGGCGCCCCUGCUCGACGACGCCACUCGGCACGACCUCUGGGACAAGGCCCGCACUGCCGCGCUCGCAGUGGGGUACGUGGGCGCCGGGACCGUCGAGUUCAUCCUCGACAAGGACACCGGCGAGUUCUACUUCAUGGAGAUGAACACUCGCCUGCAGGUGGAGCACCCCGUCAGCGAGAUGGUGACCGGCACCGACCUGGUCGAGUGGCAGUUCCGGGUCGCCGCCGGCGAGCGGCUGCCCCUCACGCAGGACGAGAUCGAGGCGCGCAUCCUCGAGCGCGGCGCCGCCAUCGAGGCGCGUAUCUACGCCGAGAAUCCAAACAAGGGCUUCUUCCCCGACUCGGGCAAGCUGGUGCACCUCGCCACGCCCAAGACGGAUGCCGACGUGCGCAUCGACGCUGGGUUCGUCGAGGGCGAUACCGUGUCGGAGGCGUAUGACGGCAUGAUAGCCAAGCUUAUCGUCAGGGGCCGGGACCGCGAGACGGCGAUCCGCAAGCUGGAGCUUGCACUACGCGAUUACGAGGUCGUCGGUCUGAGCACGAAUAUCGAAUUCCUGAAACGGCUGUGCCGCAGCAAGGCUUUUAUCGACGGGGAUGUCGAGACGGGAUUCGUCGAGCAGUGGCGGGACGAGCUCUUCCAGCCGAAGCGCACAUCCGACGAGGUGUUUGCGCAGGCCGCGCUGGGACUGCUCAGCUCGCAGAUCAAGUCCGCGGUCGCGGCCGGGCCACACGGCGGGACGCUCGGCUUCGGAGAGAUCGGAUUGCAGAGCACGCGCAAGUUCGCCUUCCGCGUGCGGAACGAUGCCGCCGAGGAAAGCGAGGGCGAGCUCGUCCAGGUGGACGUGUCGCAGCGGGGGAACGCGCUCUACAGCGUGUCCGUCUCGCGGAGCACCGGCGGCGCGAACCCGCAGAUGCCCGUCGUCUUCGAGAACGUCGUCUGCGACCCGCUGCUUUCGUCCGCGACCAAGACGAAGCUGACGACUUUCUUCCCCCUCGCCCGCGUCGAGUCCACGCUCGUGCAGGACCCGGCGGCCCCCGAGAGGCUGACGGUCUUCCAGCUGGGCGAGAAGACGGAGCUGACGCUGGUGCCGCCGGGCUGGUUCGACAAGGCGCUGGGCUCGAAGGAGGUGGUGGGCAGCGUGGUGGCGCCCAUGCCGUGCAAGAUCUUGAGGAACGAGGUGUCCGAGGGCCAGGAGGUGGAGAAGGGGGCGCCGCUUGUGGUGUAAGUUUGCGGUUCGCUGGGAGAACAACAGGUGGGAAUGAAGAGUUGCUGACGAUAGUUGCACCAGCAUCGAAUCGAUGAAGAUGGAGACGGUCAUCCGCUCCCCGCAGAAGGGAGUUGUCAAGAAGUUGGCGCACAAGGAAGGGGUCAGUCCACCGCGAGCGGUUUGCAGAGGGCGUUUAUACUGACUUCGGGUCAUAGGAUAUCUGCAAGGCGGGGACCGUCCUCGUCCUGUUCGAGGAUGCUGAGGCUGAAGGGGCAGCGGCAGCAGAGGCAUAACGGUUGGGUCAAGAGACCAUGGCGAUUGAGAUGUUUGUCGAGUGUCCCUCCGGGACGGAGGUGACUUUAUACCCCAUAGUAGCGCUCUUAUGCGACGCAUGAUUCACGGGUUGGAUAGAAGAUUUGAAGCAUUGGCGUUUGGAGGUAGCCUUGCUGUUGGGGAAUGUCGAAGUACGAAUACAGCACACAGACAGUUGGUCGAAGUGGAGUUGUCAAAUGGUGUGUACGAAGUGAGAUAGACCGAGCUCAACGAAGUUGAUGCGAGAACUAGAGAGCCGUGGGCGGACUUUGACUGAUUAUUGGGGCAUAUUGUUCGGACGGCCCGAAGCUGCUAUUCAAAAAAGAGGUGAUCAUGAUCUAACAGGCCCUUCCGGUAUCACCGGCUAACUUACCGGUCGAAUAUCACAAGGAGGGUUGCUUUUCUC